AUGGGGUCUUCGAUGCCCCUCUUCCUCCUCCUGGCUCUCCUCAACACCUCAUAUGCAGCAGGGCCAAAGGUUAUUCUGAAAGUAAAGCUGGCGGAGGUUUUCCAGGCCAAGGCCUCCCAGGACUCCAGCUUCCUGGGCAUGCUCCAAAAGAUCUGCCUCCUCCUCCACCUCCCAUCGGGAACCAACAUGACCCUCCAUCACAAGGGGCCACUACACCAU